AUGACAACAAAUUCUCUAUUUUCUUUAUCAACAUACAAUCCGACUUGUAGCGUCUCCACCGGGUACGACACGGAUCAUUCUACGAGCACAUUGUCCACGCUUUCUUCAGAGGACUUCCUUUCUUCGACUGCAAGUUCUACUUCGGCAUCUCCCUCGCAACAGUUUUCGGCUACCAGCUCGACAAGUACCACGCCAAUAAUCGAAAAAAGUCAUCUACAGGAUGAUGCCACUAAUGAGAAAGAAUCGUUAGAAGAAGGAUUUGACGGUGAUAACAUUGAUUCUUUAGCGGUGUCACCAUUCGCACAAAGAGCUCUAGAAUUAGAAUUUAUGGUGAAACAACUUAUAAUCACACAUACACCCAAACACCUUCAACCCCAUUUAUUAAAUUCUCCUACGGCCGCUGUUGAAAUUAAUACAAAUGAUAUAGAUAGCAAACGUUUCCAAAGUGCAUCUAAAAAUUUACAAUUACUGAACAAUUAUGAAA